GGAUUGACAAAAAAUCAACCAAAAACCCUUAAACCCUCUUCUAUCUCUCUUCUAGGUUUUCUUCUCGAUGACUAACAACAAGGAAAGUUAUUUUGAACAAAAAAUAAACAAGAAGGAAGGUGCCAACGUUGCCGAUCUCAGUGAAGACGAUCGAUCAUACGUAGUUAACCUUCUCAAGAUUUCAUCCAUUGAGGAGAAGAUUAACCAUCUCAAAGAGAUUCAGGAAAAUUUUGAUAAUUUACUGAAAGAGAAAGCAGAUUUUGAAGCCAAAUACCGAAAAUUGAGUCAAGAAUAUUACACAACGCGCUAUAAAAUUGUGAAUGGUGUUGCUAAAGUGGAAGGGGUAACAAAUGAAACUACAGCUGAGGCUGAAGAGAAUGGAGUACCUCUUUUUUGGCUCAAUACCAUGAAAAACAAUAAAGAACUAGCUGAAGAGAUUAUGGAGUGUGAUAAAGAUGCUCUAAAGUAUCUCGAAGAUAUUGAGUGCACCACCAUCGAUGACCCGAAAGGAUUUGUGCUUAAAUUCUCUUUCAAAUCCAAUCAUAUUUUUUCAACUCAUACUUGGAAAAGACAUUUCAUAUGGGACGUUACACACCAAUUAAAGCAAUUGGGUUUACUUGCUGCAUUUUGGUUUUACAGGACCGAAAUUGGCUGGUUCGAAGAAAAAUGCCUGACACUGGAUAAAGAGUAUAAUCCCCAGAAAAGCUUCUUCAACUUUUUUGAAGAUAUAGAUAACGGCGAUGAAGAAGAGUUCGAUGAAUAUAUGAUUUGGGAACUACAACUUCAGAUUGAGCGCCACUAUGAUAUUUCUGAAACAAUAAAAAAUAUGAUCAUCCCCCAUGCUGUGUCGUGGUAUACGAAUGCUGCUCAGGGAGAGGAGAUUGGAGUCGUGGAUUCUUCUGACAAGAAUGAUGAAGAGGAAGAGACUGAGACAAAAGAGGGAGAGGAGAUUGGACUCGCGGAUUCUUCUGACGAGAAUAAUGAAGAAGAGGAAGAGACUGAGACAAAACAGGGAGAGGAGAUUGGAGUCGUGGAUUCUUCUGACGAGAAGGAUGAAGGGGAGGAAGAGACCAAGACAAAAAAAGAGCAUAUCAUUGCGACAAGUUUUUGUGACAAAACUUAUGAUACUCGUCAGAAGGAGAUCCUGUUUCUGUUGCACCAUUUCAUCACUUGCAUAGCGGUGCACGUGAUAAUCCAAGUGUCUCUCCCGUUACUGUUGAAGCUAUAAAAGAGAAGGAGAAAAUUGCUUCAAGAGGACCUAGCACAAGUAGGGCUCCAACUAAUAUGUCAUCAGAAAGAAAGGAAACACAAUCACAGGAAAAAGCUUCAGCACUUCAUCAACUGAUGGGUUAUUCCUCUCCAAGUCAAGUCAUAAGAGGUGCUCCAUCCUCUGUUGAAGGAAAAGAGGCCAUGCUCAAUGGAGAAUAUUAAAUUCCAGCAGAGCUGAAAGUUGAAUUUGUUUUUUUUUUUUUGGAUGUGAAAGUUGAAUUUGUUGAAUCUAACUUAAAGCUGAGAAUGUCAAGAAAGGAAUACUUUAUUCAAAUUUAAGAUAUAGUAAUGAAACAUCUAAGAUAAUGACUUUUUUUUGUUGCUUUUUGUAAACUAUAUGGGGAUGGUGUUUUGAACUAGGGUAGUAUAAGAGGGACUUAUUGCUCUUCAUAGUGUAUUUCAUUAUUCAAUUUUCUUAGUUUUGGCAACAGGUGCAGAAAAUAUAAUAUUUGUAUAAAUAUGAUUCUGGUGUAUAUGGAAGUAAUUAUUUGUGUAUUUUAAACUCUGUAUGUUUGUUGAAAA